AUGGAAUUGACUCCACGACGACAUGAGCUAUUAUCGGUUUAUAUGCUCGGAUUUGGCACACUAUUUCUUUAUCUAGGAUAUUUCACACAAUGCUUUAUUUCGGAGUCGGUUAUCCAUUCGGUCCACACGAAAGAUCCACAGCGAAUAUCAGCAUUUGCUGGAUAUUAUGGGCAAGCCUUCCAUUAUUCUGCAUUCGCGAUUUCGAGUUUGUUCUCCGCUGGUCUACAACAUUAUUUCGCAUCAAAAUGGAUUCUUGUCAUAUCUACCGUAAUAUUCGCUGUCUAUUAUCUAGGGUUUUUCUACAUCAACUCAUAUUAUUUCUACUUUUCGCAAGUCCUUAUGGGUUUUGCGUAUUCAUUGUACAACAAUGGAGAAGGCGCUUACAUGGCUGAACAUUCGUCAAGGCGUACGAUAGAAUCAAAUACAGGCAUCGAAACCGCUGUUGGGCAUAGUAGUAUGUUUAUCGGUGGAAUGGUGCUUGUACUGAUUUUCUAUCUAAUUCCCCAGGAUGCUAGCGAGGUCGCAUCGCAUUAUCGUAGUUUUUCUGAGCAACAUAUUCAGGUCAUCUAUGGAAUGUUUUUUGCUGUUACUUUAAUAGCAGCUGUAAUGUUUGCUCUACUUCCGACAAAGCAAUACGAUAGUAUUGCUAGUAAUUCACCUAGGAUUAUUCCUAACUUUAAAACACAUAUGAAGAAUCUUGGAAAAGCGUUUAUACAUCCGAACAUGAUCCUUUUGAGUUUCACCUUCUUAUACAUGGGUUUCCUGGUCUCGUUUUUCCUUGGCAUCUAUCCAACAACGCUUUCCUUCACUGCAUCACUUGUGCAUGAUGUUUACAUUGUCGCACUGUACAGCUUUUUCGUUGGAUUAGCCGAAUUGUCAGGAGGUGUCCUAAUCCGUCCACUCAUCAAGAAAAUCGUCAACCACAAACUACAAGUGGUUAUGAUCGUUCACGUUCUGGUCGUUGUAGCAGCGAUGGCGCUCUUCCAACUUUCCACCCCGGAACGAUCCACGAUCGAACCAAACGAUGAAAGCUCGUUGUUCCUUCAACCAAAUCGUUACUUGGCUUGUGCUGUCGGUUAUCUGAUUGGAAUGGGCGAUUUCACGCUGACCAUGGCACGAGUGAUCAUAUGUCAAAUGGCGGUGCCAAAACAUCGUAAUGAGGUCUUUUCGCUUACAAGGAUUUAUCAGUGCAUCUCAUCAUGUAUUGUGCUGUUUCUGUCUUCAUACAUGACGGUCACUUACUGGACAACAGUGAUGCUCGUUGGAAUGGUUGUUGGUGUGACGACGUUCCUAAUUGUCGUCACAAACACUUCGUCGAAGAACGUCAUCUCACCAUUGAAGAAAUAUGUCGUUCCAAAACUCAGCAGUCAAUCGUCAAAAGCGAUCUGCUAUACGAUUCAUAAUCCAUAG